CUUCCUCCGAUCUCUUCUAAUUCUCUGAUUCUUUCAUUCUUUGAUUCUCGGAUUUUCUAAUUCUCCUUCUCAAUGGACCCAUCCAUAGCAUUAAGAUACCCAAAAUAUUUGGGAUUUUAGGGUUCUGAAAAUUUCUCUCAAAUCUCUUACCAUUCUUUGCCUCCAAUCUCUUCUAGUUCUCUAUUUCUAUGGUUCUCUUUCUCAAUCGUGAAGAUGCCUCGAUCUCAGUCUUCACAAGCCCAAUCCUCUGCCUCUACACCAAAAAGCUAUGCACCCAAAAGCUUUGCGAACAAAAAAUCUGCACCCAAAAAGUCGUUCGGGAGUUGCUUGGUAGCGACAGGGUUCUUUAAACCAGAAUACAAGUAUGAAGGUAGGAAAUGGUAUUGUAAUUGUGGCACUGCUUCUCCAAGAAUCACUGCAUGGACUGAAUUAAAUGUAGGAAGGAGAUUUUAUGGUUAAGGGAAAUUUUAAUGUUUUUAGUUGAUUGUAUAUUUUUUCUUGUAAUUUUAAUGGAUUGAAUCAAAUUCUAAUGUCUAGGGAACAAUGCUUUUUUUUUUUUUCCAAUUAUUGUGAUUUUCAACAAGAGGAAGUGGAAACUUGUAAUGCAUUUGAGUGGCAUGAUGCUGAGAUUGUGGGAAGAGCACAUGAUGUUAUUUGGCACCUAAAAUUGAAUUAUGAAAGUUUGCAAUCUGAUUUUGAUGAGCUUAAAGAACGCCAAAAUGGUGGAAAUGAUAACAUUGCCAAAGCUUUUGAGAAGUUGACUGCGAGGGUGAUAUUUAUUGAGUCUUCCAUUGAAGAGGUUAAGUUUACAGUUGAUUCAACAUGUGACAAUCUAUGUUUUGCUCUACAGAGAUCAAUUAAGGAACAAAUGAAUAAAUUUCAAAGGAAAUUCUUUGUUGUGCUUUUAGGUUUGCUGGUUGUGUUGUUUUUGUUUAGUAAAUUGUGAAUUGGUAG